GCGGCAGCCGCUGCUGACAACAAGAUGGCGGCUGCGGGGCCGGCGGUCCCCGAGAGCCGGGUGCUGGGUUACACCCUGCACCGCUGGAGCAGCUUCUCCUCCACCUACCUGCCCGAGAAUAUCUUGGUGGAUAAGCCCAAUGAUCAGUCCUCAAGAUGGUCUUCAGAAAGCAAUUAUCCUCCCCAGUAUUUGAUUCUGAAACUUGAAAGACCUGCCAUAGUCCAGAGUAUCACAUUUGGCAAAUAUGAGAAAACGCACGUCUGCAAUUUAAAGAAGUUUAAAGUCUUUGGUGGGAUGAAUGAGGAAAACAUGACAGAUCUGUUAUCCAGUGGCUUAAAGAAUGAUUAUAACAAAGAAACAUUCACCUUGAAGCAUAAAAUUGAUGAACAGAUGUUCCCCUGUCGAUUCAUUAAGAUAGUUCCACUCUUAUCCUGGGGACCUAGCUUCAAUUUUAGUAUCUGGUAUGUUGAACUUAGUGGCAUUGAUGAACCAGAUGUGGUCCAGCCCUGCCUCAACUGGUACAGCAAGUACCGUGAACAGGAAGCCAUUCGCCUUUGCCUAAAGCAUUUUCGUCAACACAACUACACCGAAGCUUUUGAGUCACUGCAGAAGAAAACCAAGAUUGCUCUGGAGCACCCUAUGUUGACAGACCUGCAUGACAAACUGGUGUUGAAAGGAGACUUUGAUGCUUGUGAAGAGCUGAUAGAAAAAGCUGUGAAUGAUGGCUUAUUCAAUCAGUAUAUCAGUCAACAAGAAUACAAACCGCGCUGGGGGCAGAUCAUCCCCAAGAGCACCAAAGGUGAUGGAGAAGACAGCCGACCAGGGAUGAGAGGGGGCCAUCAGAUGGUCAUAGAUGUUCAGACAGAAACUGUCUAUCUGUUUGGUGGCUGGGAUGGAACUCAGGAUCUGGCUGACUUCUGGGCGUACAGUGUGAAGGAGAACCAGUGGACCUGUAUAUCCAGGGAUACUGAGAAAGAGAGUGGCCCCAGCGCCAGGUCUUGUCACAAGAUGUGCAUUGACAUUCAGCGGAGGCAGAUCUACACGCUGGGACGCUAUCUGGAUUCCUCCGUGAGGAACAGCAAGUCUUUGAAAAGUGACUUUUAUCGCUAUGACAUUGACACAAACACGUGGAUGCUACUAAGUGAAGACACUGCAGCAGAUGGAGGUCCAAAACUGGUGUUUGAUCAUCAGAUGUGUAUGGAUUCUGAAAAACACAUGAUCUACACCUUUGGAGGCAGAAUUCUGACCUGCAAUGGCAGUGUUGAUGACAGCAGAGCUAGUGAACCACAGUUCAGUGGAUUGUUUGCUUUUGACUGCCAGUGUCAAACGUGGAAACUUCUGAGAGAGGAUUCCUGCAAUGCUGGGCCUGAGGAUAUCCAGUCCCGAAUAGGACACUGUAUGUUGUUCCACUCUAAAAAUCGCUGCCUGUAUGUAUUUGGUGGCCAGAGAUCGAAGACUUAUUUGAAUGACUUCUUCAGUUACGAUGUCGACAGCGAUCACGUGGACAUCAUUUCAGAUGGCACUAAGAAAGAUUCAGGGAUGGUUCCAAUGACAGGUUUCACUCAAAGGGCUACCAUUGAUCCAGAACUGAAUGAAAUCCAUGUCUUGUCAGGACUCAGUAAAGACAAGGAGAAGCGGGAAGAGAAUGUAAGAAAUUCCUUCUGGAUUUAUGACAUUGUGAGGAACAGCUGGUCUUGUGUCUACAAGAAUGACCAAGCAGCAAAAGAGAAUCCAGGUAAAAGUCUUCAAGAAGAGGAGCCCUGCCCAAGGUUUGCUCAUCAACUGGUGUACGACGAGCUGCACAAGGUUCAUUACUUAUUUGGAGGGAAUCCUGGGAAGUCCUGCUCUCCAAAGAUGAGAUUAGAUGAUUUCUGGUCUCUGAAGCUCUGUCGACCUUCAAAGGAGUACCUGCUAAGGCAAUGCAAAUACCUCAUAAGGAAGCACAGGUUUGAAGAGAAAGCUCAGACUGACCCUCUUAGUGCACUGAAGUACCUGCAGAAUGAUUUGUACGUAACCGUGGAUCACUCAGACCCCGAGGAGACAAAGGAGUUUCAGCUUCUUGCCUCAGCGUUAUUUAAGUCUGGCUCGGAUUUCACCACUCUUGGAUUUUCAGACGUUGACCACACGUAUGCACAGAGAACUCAGCUGUUUGACACGCUGGUCAACUUCUUUCCAGACAACAUGACCCCUCCUAAAGGCAACCUGGUGGACCUCAUCAUGCUGUAAAACAGAGCAGUCGCUGGACAUGUGGAAGAGGGGAAAAGCAUCCAUUUUCAGUAUUUUAAUUUUUUUACUGCAUUGAUUGACUGCUGGGAUGAAGUAACACAGUUAACCCCUCGGUGUUUGGAAGGGGUUUUAUACUUGUAUGGUGAAUCCCUGAAGCUUUUCCCUUGGAGUAGGUUAAUAAAAUGUAACUGACGUACUUCCGACUAAAUAUAUAUAUAUUUUUUCUGACUUUGGAUUUUGAGUUAGCAAAUGUAAACUGAAAAGGUGAGGGGAAAGAAGAAAAAGAAUAAAACCCAACCAUGCAGCAAUCAGUUUUUUGCCUGUAGAGGAAAGUUGAUAUUUGUCUGGAAUUGAAGAUGGUGGGUUUUAUUUCGGGUUUCAUGAGGAAGUGGGGGGAAGGUUGUUCUUUGCUCGUUUGUAGCUAGUCAUGGCGUAUUGCUUUAUCCUACAACUCCAUCCUCAGCAGCUGAAUUACUUGGUGGCAGGACACAGGCACGCGUUGAGGUAACAGUUCUGUAUGUGUCUUGAGUCUUGUAAUCACAGUGUGUCAUGUGAAGGGGAGCACGUGUUACAAAUUGCCUGUCUCCUCAUCCCAGAAUCGGGCUGACAGAAGUGUCUAAUUGCAUCUGAUACCUGAUGAAAACCUGAGUACCUACAUGUCUGUCUUCUGUUCUCUGGAGCCUUCCAUUUAAAAAUGACAGGCGAGUGGGAACCUCAGAGAAACCAUUAGAAAAUGGGAGUGCAGUCAUCAUCUGCACAGGUUCCUUUUCAGGGAUUGUUCUGUUUUUGCUGCUGUGUUCUUCCCAUGAGAAACCGUGUGGGUCCUCACCGAGCCUGGCAGAACUGGGUCUUCCACCCCACGCACACCCAACCUCUGCAACCCGACUCCAGGUUGGGUGUAGGAUUUCUGAAGCAGAUUGUCUUCGUUUACUUGCACCUAUGCUUCUGUGUGCAUUUGUCUGUGUCAGUGUAAAGAGGAUUGCUCCCAACAGCUUGUCUCCUUCCUAUGUAAUGUGGCUCAUUCACUUCUAAAUGCAUUUUAGACCUAGAUCUGAAUGUGAGGGAGGCAUUUUUAGCAUAACUCUCUUUGAAAGCAAGCUGAUGCAUAUGUAUAAAAAAAAUAUAUUCUUCCUUGCUGAAAGCCUUCUUUAUAACUAGGGUAAGGGCUUGGUGCUGCACUGUGAAGUGGAAUGAAGGAUCUGCCUCCCCAGCAUUAGAAACCCUCUGUGGUCAGUGCCAGUGAGCAUUCAGUACAAACUGGCAGCUGUAAAUAUUUAUACAAGACUGCAAAGCUUUAUGUCCAGAAACACUGAUACCAGUAGGGUAUCGUUGCUGCGCCCGCUGUGGCUACACGGCUCCUGUUGAACUUGAUGGAAGUUUUGUGUUUGCAAAGAUGAUUUGGACUCUUGAAAUAAAGAGUUAGUGAAGUGUCUUUUUUCCAGAGCUUGAGUGUCUGCUUGCUUUGAUUGCCUUGUAUUGCCUCUUUAUCACGUUCUUUGUGUGACUACUGUAGCCCUGGUACGUUAGAAAUAAAUUUCAAAACUCAUAGUAGUGUUGAAUCACUUGGAGAGGAACAAUGUGCUAGAGGCUGGGCUUGGCUUUGUCUUCAGCGAGGACUCUACAAAUACUGUGUAACCUGUAACUGGAGACUGCUUAGACAUCAUACACUUUGGUGGAUGGCAAAUCAGAUAUCUGUGGAAGAAUCCACUCAGUACCUGGUGCAGGACAUGAAAUCUGAUUAAAUUCUUUCUUUGAA